UGAAGCUGUUUCACGUAACAGCUGGAGAUUUCUUAUUGGAUGUUGGAAAUUUCUGGUCGGUGAGGAACCACGUCAGUCAAAUUUCAACCAAAUUGUUGGGUCUUUCGUGAUUUUCUCGUUACACAUUCAACAGACAAGGACCACAGUGAACCACAAAACUUUUCUACACGCCCGUAGUUUAGAUUAAGAAAAUGCAGCGAUUGCAUUGGAACUUGUGUGCAAUUGCCGGCGUGCUGUUGGGCAUCUUCUGCACCAGCGGAGUGAAUGGAGCUGCCGUGAUGUCCGUGGAUUUUGGCAGUGAAUACAUGAAGGUGGCUGUGAUUUCACCGGGAGUGCCAAUGGAGAUUGCCCUGAACACGGAAUCCAAGAGGAAAACAGCUUCAAUGCUGGCCUUCCGCGAUGGUGCACGAAUUUUCGGGGAAGAUGCUCAAAAUAUUGGGGUGCGGUUCCCACAGAACAGCUAUGGGUACUUUUUGGAUUUACUUGGGAAGAGUAUUGACAACCCUGUGGUGGAGUUGUACAAGAAACGCUUCCCAUACUACAAAAUCGAGGCAGAUCCACAGCGGAAUACAGUUCUCUUCCGCAUUGGGGAAGAGGUUUACAGCGUAGAGGAAUUGGUGGCUCAAUUGCUGCACAAGGCUAAGGAGUAUGCUGAGAAUACGGCACAGCAGAAGAUUACGGAAUGUGUGAUUGUUACUCCAGGUUACUUUGGACAAGCCGAGCGAUCAGCUCUUAUUUCUGCUGCCAGCUUAGCUAACUUGAAGGUACUUCAGCUCAUAAAUGACUACACAGCUGUUGGCCUCAACUACGGAGUAUUCCGGAAGAAGGAAAUCAAUGAAACUGCUCAGUAUUAUAUUUUCUACGAUAUGGGCGCCUAUAAGACAUCUGCUGCUGUUGUUAGCUUCCAACUGGUUAAAGAUAAGGCAACACGUGAAACAAAUCCCGUCAUUUCUGUCCUCGGUGUUGGGUACGAUCGUACUCUUGGUGGUUUGGAGAUGCAACUUCGCUUACGAGAUUAUCUCGCCAAGGAAUUCAACAAUAUGAAGAAGACCCCCACGGAUGUCUUUACAAGCCCUCGAGCCUUGGCCAAACUUUUCAAGGAAGCCGGUCGUGUGAAGAAUGUCUUGAGUGCCAAUGCUGAUCACUAUGCACAAAUUGAGAAUCUCCUGGAUGACAAAGACUUCCGUGUUCAGGUGACACGUGAAAAGUUCGAAGAACUCUGCGCUGAUCUCUUUGAGCGCGUACCUAAUGUAAUUAAUCGUGCUCUGGCAACCUCCGGACUAUCCAUGGAUGUUGUGACGCAGGUGAUUCUCUUUGGUGGUGCAACACGUGUCCCGAAGGUACAGGAGAUCCUCAAGAAGACCAUUAAGCAGGAUUUGGGUAAAAAUCUCAAUUCAGACGAAGCUGCCGCCAUGGGAGCCGUGUACAGAGCAGCAGAUCUCGCAACGGGAUUCCGGGUACAGAAAUUCUUGACAAAGGAUGCCGUUCUGCUUCCAAUUCAGGUGGUGUUCGAGCGUGAAGGUGAAAGUGGGAGUAUGCGACAGGUGAGGCGUACCCUCUUCGGACCAAUGAACCCGUACCCGCAGAAGAAGGUAAUCACCUUCAAUAAGCACACAUCGGAUUUCACUUUUGACGUCAACUACGCAGAGCUGGAUCAUCUAGCAAAGAACGAAAUCCCCUUCUUGGGUUCUCUUAACCUCUCCCGUGUGGCACUGAGUCAGGUUGGAGAAACCCUCAAGGAGCACCUAACUGAGAAUGUUGAAUCAAAGGGAAUUAAAGCACAUUUCGCCAUGGAUGAUUCUGGGCUCUUCUCAUUGACUGGAGUUGAGCUGGUCUACGAGAAAUCCGUCACAGAGCUUGCGGAAGAAGAUGAAGAGAGUCCUCUGUCGAAACUCGGUAGCACAAUUAGUAAACUCUUCUCAAGCGACAAGACCGAGAAGGCAGCAGAAGAGAAGGAGCAACAGGAUGAUGGCCAAGAGGAAACAACAACUGAACCCCCAACGGAAGAACAAACAGCAACAAAUACAACGAAGGAAGCUCAUGCAGGCAAUGAGACAACAAUGGAUAAGACAGCAGACUUCAAGGAGGAAGAAGCUCAGGGACAGAAUAAGACUGAGAAACCCAAAAUUGUUACGGUGAAACAACCAAUCCCCCUGGAAGUGACACACCUCUUUACGAAACCCCUGUCGGAUGAACUGUACGAGGAGUCAAAGAAGAAAAUUAACGAACUGGAUAAGAUUGAGCGUGAACGAACACGCCGUGAGACAGCACUCAAUGCCCUUGAGAGUUUUGUCAUUGAAGCCAAUCAACGGAUGGAACAGGAAGAGUACGCCAGUUGUGCCGUUCCCGAGGAGAUUGAGCAAAUUCAGAAGUCCUGCGCUGAAACAUCCGAUUGGUUGUAUGAAGAUGGAAGUGAUGCUGAUGCCAAGACGUAUGAAGAUAAGUUGAAGGAGCUGAAGAAGUUAACAAAUGACGUCUAUGGGCGACAUUGGGAACAUACAGAACGUCCGGAGGCACUCAAAGCCCUUGCAGGAAUGCUUGAAGGUUCACAGAAAUUCCUCAAAACAGCCAAGAACCUCACAAAGGACUUCAAUGUGGAGAAGGAUGUUUUUACAGCGGUGGAAAUUGAGACACUCGAGAAGGCAAUUACAGAGACUGAGGAAUGGCGCAACGUUGAGGUGAAGGAACAGGAGAAAUUGAAGAAAAGCGAACCCGUACGGCUUACCGUGAAGCUUAUUAUGGAGAAAAUGUCCUUGCUUGAUAGGGAGGUCAAAUACCUCGUUAAUAAGCUGAAAAUCUGGAAGCCUAAGCUCAAGGAGAAGAAGGCAAAGAGCAAUGAAACGGAUAAGGAGGAGGCAGCUGCGGAGAAGGAAGAUGAGGCUAAGGAAGAGCAGGAGGAAGUAGUCAAGGACCAAGAAGAAGAUGGACCGCAAGUUGAGGAACCCCAACUGCCCACAGAAGACACCGAAAAGUCUGAAGGUUCCCACAGUGAACUGUAGAAGGUGUUUGUCCUGAAAUCAGGAGAUUAGACUUCUGGCACAAGGAUUUCUUUUUAAGUAAUUUGUGAUCAAGGCUCGUUUCAUCAACCCGGAUCCGCCGUCAGCAUUGAAUUUGUUUUUUUGUAUAAAUUAGGACACUAAAGAUCGAUUUUUUGUAGACACACCCCCAGCUGAUAAUUCCAUUCCGAGUGUACCUAUCAAUUUUUUUUCACGUUGAGAGUUCUUUUUUUAGUUAGUUAGAACGUCGAGCUCAACUCUAGACGUGACGAGGGAGGUUUAUUUAUUGCAAAAGUGAAUAAAUUAAAUUGUAAACGGAGGAAA